GCGAAGAUGGCGGCGGCGGGAGCCCUGGAACGGAGCUUCGUGGAGCUGAGCGGAGCCGAGCGCGAAAGGCCCCGGCGCUUCCGGGAGCUCACCGUGUGCGGCAGUGGGACCGCGGGCGCCCCGGGCGUGAAGCACAGCGAGAGCGCGGGCGGCUUCUGCUACGCCGAGAGCGGCAAGCUCUUCUCGGUCACCAGGAACAGGUUCAUUCAUUGGAAGGUCUCUGGAGAGUCCCUGGAGCUGGUCGAAGAGUCCCUGGACUUGAAUUUGUUGAAUAAUGCAGUUCGCCUUAAAUUCCAAAACUGCAGCGUCUUGCCCAGCGGGGUGCACAUCUCCGAGACACAGAAUCAUGUGAUAAUCUUGAUUGUGACCAACCAGACAGUGCACAGGUUACUCCUGCCGCACCCGUCCCGGAUGUACAGGAGUGAAUUGUUAACUGAGAAUCAGAUGCAGUCGGUGUUCACUGAUAUCGGGAAAGUCGACUUUGCGGAUCCUUGCAACUACCAGCUUAUUCCAGCGGUUCCUGGACUCGCCCCUAAUGCUGCCGCCUCCACCGCCUGGCUUAGCAGUGACGGCGAGGCUCUGUUUGCUCUGCCAUCUGCUUCCGGCGGGAUCUUCGUUCUAAGACUUCCUUCUUAUGACGUACCUGGGGUGGUUUCGGUGGUGGAACUGAAGCAGAGUUCUGUGAUGCAGCGGUUGCUCAUCGGCUGGAUGCCAACAGCUAUCAGGGGUGAUCAGGGCCCGUCAGAUCGUCCCCUCAGCCUUGCUGUACAUUGUAUGGAGCGUGAUGCCUUCAUCUUUGCGCUGUGCCAGGAUCAUAAGCUGCGAAUGUGGUCUUACAAGGAUCAAAUGUGCCUCAUGGUAGCAGACAUGCUGGAGUUUGUCCCCGUAAAUAAAGACCUUCGGCUCACCGCAGGGACGGGACACAAAUUGCGACUUGCAUAUUCCUCUUCCAUGGGACUCUGUCUGGGGGUGUACCUGCACGCACCCAACCGUGGCCAGUUCUGCGUUUUUCAAUUGGCGGGUGCUGAGAAUAACCGCUACAGUCUAGAUCACAUUUCCUCACUCUUCACUUCUCAGGAGACACUGAUUGACUUUGCCUUAAACACUACAGAUAUCUGGGCCCUGUGGCACGAUGCUGAGAACCGCACGGUCGUGAAAUACAUCAACUUUGAACAUAAUGUUGCAGGUCAGUGGAAUCCAGUUUUUAUGCAGCCUUUGCCAGAGGAAGAGAUCAUCAUCCGCGAUGAUCAGGACCCCAGAGAGAUAUAUUUACAGAGUCUUUUUAUGCCAGGACAGUUCAUAAAUGCGGCUCUGUGCAAGGCAUUGCAGAUAUUCUGUCGAGGAACUGAGAGGAAUUUAGAUCUCUCCUGGAGUGAACUAAAGAAAGAAGUUACAUUAGCUGUUGAAAGUGAGCUCCAAGGAAGUGUGACAGAGUAUGAAUUUUCUCAGGAGGAGUUUCGAAAUUUGCAGCAGGAAUUCUGGUGCAAGUUCUAUGCCUGCUGUCUUCAGUAUCAGGAAGCCCUGUCUCAUCCUCUUGCCCUCCUUCUGAAUACGCAGACGAACAUGGUGUGCCUGCUGAAGAAGGGGUACCUGUCUUUUCUUGUGCCUUCCUCUUUAAUGGAUCAUUUAUAUCUUCUGCCUGAUGAGAACCUUAUGACGGAGGACGAGACAGCCAUAUCCGAUGAUGCGGACGUUGCUCGAGAUGUCUUAUGUCUUAUAAAAUGCCUCCGGCUGAUUGGAGAAUCAGUAACUAUGGAUAUGUCCUUUAUGAUGGAAAUGAGUUGUUUGAACCUCCAGUCUCCAGAAAAGGCUGCAGAACAGAUUCUGGAAGAUUUGAUCACCAUUGAUGAAGAAAACGUGAUGGAGGAUAUUUGUAGUAAACUGCAAGAGAUCAGGAACCCUAUCCACGCAAUUGGGCUUAUCAUACGGGAGAUGGAUUAUGAGGCAGACAUGGAACUGGAAAAAGGAUUUAACCCAGCUCAGCCUCUGAACGUCCGGAUGCAUCUGUCACAGCUCCUGGGCAGCAGCACGGCAGGCACUGUUGUGUGCAGAAGCGUCGGUAAGAUCGCCAGCACACGCUUCCUCAUCUGCCGAGACCUGUUGAUUUUACAGCAGCUCUUGGUGCGGCUGGGAGAUGCGGUGAUCCUGGGAGCUGGCCAGCUCUUUCAAGCCCAGCAGGACCUGCUGCACCGGACGGCUCCCCUGCUCUUGUCAUACUGCCUCAUUAAGUGGUGCAGUCAGUGCCUGGCCACCGACGUUCCGGUCGACACACUAGAAUCUAAUCUCCAACACCUAUCCGUGCUGGAACUAACAGACUCUGGUACUUACACUGGCAGUAAACUCGUAUCCAGCCCUCAGACAAUCUUGGAGUUAUUCUUCCAAGAAGUUGCAAGAAAACACAUUAUGUCGCACCUCUUUUCUGAAGCAAAGCUGCCUCUGGGACAAAAUGGAAUGAAUUGGCCUGAAGUCAUUACAGCAGUUACCAAUUAUUUAUUGCAACUUCUAUGGCCCAACAACCCUGGUUCGCUCUUUCUAGAAUGUUUAAUGGGAAAUUGUCAGUAUGUACAGUUGCAGGAUUACAUUCAGCUGCUCCAUCCCUGGUGUCAAGCCAAUGUCGGCUCCUGUCGAUUUAUGCUCGGAAGGUGUUACCUGGUCAUGGGAGAGGGGCAGAAGGCUCUGGAAUGUUUCUGCCAGGCCGCCUCUGAAGUGGGCAAGGAGGAGUUCUUAGACCGUCUGAUCCGUUCGGAGGACAGUGAGAUCGUGGCCACCCCCAGGCUGCAGUAUUAUGACAAGGUCUUACGUCUCCUUGACGUUGUGGGUCUGCCCGAGCUGGUCAUUCAGUUGGCAGCUUCGGCAAUCACUGAAGCAGGUGAUGACUGGAAAAGUCAGGCUACUUUACGGACUUGCAUUUUCAAACAUCAUUUGGAUCUGGGUCACAAUAGCCAAGCAUACGAAGCCUUAACCCAAAUUCCUGAUUCCAGCAGGCAGUUAGAUUGUUUACGGCAGUUAGUGGUGGUUCUCUGUGAACGUUCGCAGCUGCAGGAUCUUGUCGAGUUCCCCUAUGUGAAUCUGCACAACGAGGUCGUGGGAAUCAUCGAGUCCAGAGCUAGAGCUGUGGACCUUAUGACUCACAGUUACUACGAGCUGCUCUACGCCUUUCACAUCUACCGACACAAUUACCGAAAGGCGGGCACAGUGAUGUUCGAGUACGGGAUGCGCCUCGGCAGAGAGGUCCGCACCCUCCGGGGCCUGGAGAAACAAGGCAACUGUUACCUGGCUGCACUCAACUGUUUGCGGCUCAUCCGCCCGGAGUAUGCGUGGAUCGUGCAGCCGGCAGCUGGUGCCGUGUACGAUCGCCCUGGCGCAUCCCCUAAGAGGAAUCAUGAUGGUGAAUACACAGCUGCCCCAACAAACAGGCAAGUUGAAAUCCUGGAACUGGAAGAUCUGGAGAAAGAAUGCUCGCUGGCGCGUAUCCGCCUCACGCUGGCCCAGCACGACCCAUCUGCCAUCGCGGUUGCAGGCAGCUCAUCAGCAGAGGAGAUGGUCACUCUCUUGGUUCAGGCUGGCCUCUUUGACACUGCUCUGUCUCUCUGUCAGACUUUCAAGUUGCCCUUAACACCGAUCUUUGAGGGGCUUGCUUUCAAGUGCAUCAAGUUGCAGUUUGGCGGAGAGGCAGCACAAGCAGAAGCCUGGGCCUGGCUCGCGGCCAAUCAGCUCUCGUCCGUCAUCACCACAAAGGAGUCCAGUGCUACAGAUGAAGCGUGGCGAUUAUUAUCCACCUACCUGGACAGGUAUAAAGUCCAGAAUAAUUUAUACCAUCAUUGUGUAAUCAAGAAGCUCUUGACUCAUGGAGUGCCUCUGCCUAAUUGGCUCAUAAACAGUUAUAAGCAGGUUGACGCUGCUGAGUUGCUCCGACUGUACUUGAACUAUGACCUUUUAGAAGAAGCCGUGGAUUUGGUGUCAGAAUAUGUGGAUGCUGUAUUAGGCAAAGGACAUCAGUACUUUGGGAUUGAGUUUCCACUGUCCGCAACUGCCCCAAUGGUAUGGCUGCCCUAUUCAUCCAUCGACCAGCUUCUGCAGGCUCUGGGGGAGAACACUGCCAAUAGCCACAAUCUCGCGCUGUCGCAGAAAGUUCUUGACAAAUUGGAAGACUACCAGCAAAAAGUUGAUAAGGCAACCCGGGAUUUAUUAUAUCGCCGGAACUUGUGAUCCAGAUGAUUGCCUGGCCUUUGUAACCAUGUGGUGCCUCUUGGGGCUUCAGACUUCCCCCGUGGGAACCCUGUACUGCAGGCUGAUUCUCCUGCCCAUAAAUGACUGGGACAGCAGGGACGUCGGGGAGUCGGCAUUCUGUGGGAGCGAUGACCACGAGGACAGGGGUGUCACUGGCCUUGUAUUUGCUGGCAGUGCUAAUACACUUGCUGGUUUUCAACCUUGGACUCAAACAGCUGCUUUUGUAUAUGAUUCACAAGCUUUUUUAGAGUUUAUAUUUUUUUAAAGUUCCGAAGACAUUCUUUAUCUGCAAAUUAAAACUCACCUUCACUUUCCUUACUAGCUCUGGUCGUGGGUUUGUUGUGGCUGAUCACCCAAAGCUGUCACAACAAAUCUUUUCAUUCUGUCAUGUCACUUUUUUGUAUUUCAAUGGAAUUAUUUUGGUCCAAAACUGACAUGUAUUUUCUGUAUUGCAAACAGGCAAAUGAUUUUGCAUACUCUUUGCAUUAUUUAUUGUGGAGUUUUUGUAGGAUAUUCAAUAAAGUAUUCAGUCAUUUGCCUAAAUUAAGCCUAAAAUGAUGACCAGCUUGUCAAACAAAUGCCUUACUUUGAAUCUGAUUCUGAGGCUAAAGUUAAGUAAACUCUUAGCUAAGAAAAAAAUUGGAAAUCCCUAUCUGUAAUUUUUAGAGUAAAUUGUUAACUUCUAUGAUGUAUGAUAAUCAAGCCGGACUUGAUCAGACUGUCUAAUAAUGUAUCGGGCCAAAACAGAAACUUGACUGGUCAGAUUCAAAAGCAUUCAUGCCAACCAACUGGGGGGAGGUGAAAAAAAUCUUGGAUUUUAUUCUGUAUAUUAAAGUUUAUCUUUUAAGGAAAUGA